CUCCCCGGACCCUGCAUUCACUAUAUCUGGUCUGCCCCGGUCCCCGCAUUCACUAUAUCUGGUCUGCCCGGUCCCCGCAUUCACUAUAUCUGGUCUCCCCGGACCCUGCAUUCACUAUAUCUGGUCUGCCAGGACCCUGCAUUCACUAUAUCUGGUCUCCCCGGACCCCGCAUUCACUAUAUCUGGUCUGCCCGACCCUGCAUUCACUAUAUCUGGUCUCCCUGGACCCUGCAUUCACUAUAUCCGGUCUCCCCGGACCCCGCAUUCACUAUAUCUGGUCUGCCCGGACCCCGCAUUCACUAUAUCUGGUCUCCCCGGACCCUGCAUUCACUAUAUCUGGUCUCCCACACAGUACACAGAACAUGGAAAUGCAAUUAUUUU